AUGGUCGCUCAAAUUCAAAGAAGAAGAAGAAAGAACAUUGGGGAAAGGGAAGGGGGUGGCUUGGUGGAGUCGCCCGAAGAUGUUCCCAGAGUAUCGAAGACGGCCGAAGGUGUCGUCGGAGUGUCGGUGUCGGUAGAGUCGCCACUGUGGAUGGUGAUGGGGGAUAGGAGGUGUGUCGAAGAAGAAAGGGGUUGGGGGACAAGUUAUGAACCAAGUUACAUAUACACAACUAAUGCCCUUUCACUCAUUCAAUUCACUCUUUUCAUAACCACUACCAACCUUCUCUCUCUAAAACCUUCACACACCACACCAGUCACCAGGCGAAUGAACUUUAUGCAAAAAUCCACGGCGAAGACAAGUCAUGAUCGAGCCCACCAAAUCAUCACAGGAAAGCGUACGGAGCACCAGAGGCCUUGUUCAUCUCUUGGUAUGGCGCCUGAGACAACUUCUAGCUCCUAUAACGGCGGUGCUGGUUGUAUGUUCAGUUACUACACAACUGGUAGUUCACCGACGGUGUCAUCGGACGAAGAAGAAGAAGAGGAUAUGGCGAAUUGCUUGAUUAUGUUGGCUCACAGUGUUUCUCCGGCCAAGGAAAAUAAAUCAGAUCUCCAUUGCCAGAAGAACGAGAAAUUGAAGAAUCGGAAGUUAACGGAGAUGGCCGCAACUACCACCGCCGGAGCAAAAUCCGAUUUCCAAAAUUACUACGAGUGUAAAACCUGUAACCGUAUUUUUCCGUCGUUCCAAGCCCUAGGUGGACACAGAGCCAGCCACAAGAAACCUAAGCUUAGCGUUGAAGAUCGGAAAUCCGUUUCCGUUAAAACGGAAUCAACCGCAGAAGAUCAACCAGAAGUUGAAAGUAAAAUUAUUACAAACCAAAACAAAUCUCCUCGGCCAUUAACAGGACACAAGAACAGUAAGGGAAAAGUUCAUGAAUGCUCCAUAUGUGGAUCGGAGUUCUUAUCAGGACAAGCUCUCGGGGGUCACAUGAGAAGACACCGUCCACCUCCGGUUACUAACAGUCAAAUCGCUGUAUCAUCGAAUAUGGACGAUACGACUACGAGGGCUAAUCAUUCCCCUACGAGGUCGCCGGCGGCGCCGGUGCUAUCCUUAGAUCUAAACCUUCCCGCACCGGAGAUUGCCAUUACUGAACAAGAAGCAAACGAAGAGCUCUAUACUUACCAUAUUGAGGACGAUUAACUGUCCAAGUUGUGUGAAGCAUGGAGUCGAGCAAGUGUAUUGAGAAAGACAAGAUGUGAAUGAGUAGGGUUUGGCACAAGGAGCACCACAUCCAAAAGUGGUGGAUUAGGUUCGUCUAUUUUUGGUUUUGCACCACACAAAUACAAGCAAAUUUUGGCAUGGUUUGGGCCUAAUUUAACAUAAAAAAAAAACUUAAUCAAGCUUCAUUUUGAUUUUAAAAUAUCAUACAUUCAUUGAAAUACAACUUUAUUAGAUAGUAAACAAUGGAGCUUUACUCGUGACUGUUCAUUGUAGAGAAAAUAUGAUAACCCCACAAGGAUUUGUGGAUUUCUGGUGUGUGAUGCAUUAGUGUGUGUGAUGCAUUAGUUUAAAUAAUGAUUAAAGAUGCACAAAAAAUAAAUGUGAGGGUAAAAACUUCGUAAAGAUGUCAUAAACUUGUGCGAAGAUGGAACAUGUAGCACAUGGAUAUAAGGAUAUAACCGAGAGCAACAUGCUCCUUAUAAAGUGUAUAUUUAUUUCAACAUGCUUUGUGCUUCGAUAUUUUUACAUAAUUUUGAAUCAAGGUAAAUGAUACAUUAUCAUAAAAGACAACAAUAACAUGAGAUAAGGGAC